GCAUCGCAUUUUUUUUAAAAGCGCUUUUGCAUGACCUCCAGCUCGAGGCAACAUCUCUAGAUGAGGCUAUAAAUAUACAAUCUCUUUCUCAACAAAUAAAUAGCCACAUAUUUUCGUAUAGAUAUAUACAUAUAUAUAUAUAUAUAUAUAUAUUUGCUCACUUCUCUGUCCGUCUGUCAAAAAUGAAGCAAAAGGUCGUUAUGAAGGUCCAAAUGUGGUCCGAUAAAUGUAGAACCAAGGCCUUGAAGACUGCUGCAGUUGCACCAGGUGUGAUAUCGGUGAAGAUAGAUGGAGAAAGCAAAGAUAAGGUGGUGGUGACUGGAGAUGGAGUUGAUGCAAUUUGCUUGACCACAUCCUUAAGAAAGAAGGUAGGCCAUGCCAUUCUAGAGAGUGUUGAAGAAAUCAAAGAAGAAAAGAAGGAAGAGAAAAAAGAUGAUAAAAAGAUUUGUUAUCCAUACUUUCCUCCAGCUGCAUACUGUGAACUAGAAGAUGAAGACUGCAAAGCUAAAAAGAUUUGUUAUCCAUACUUUCCUCCAGCUGCUUACUGUGAACUCUUUGAUCCAAACCCAAACCCAAAUGCUUGCCCCUUCAUGUGAAGAUUAAGUUUGAUCAAUCGUCAAAAUCACCAACCAAUAUUUUGAUGGCUUUUUUUUUUUUUGGUUGGUGUGUGUUCCUUUAAUUUGUUGCUUAUCUUGUUUUUGAUUUUUUUCUCAAGCUUGUAGUCAAUGAAAAAAUAUCAGCCAUCAAAACAAUAAAUAUAUAGUUCUACUCAAAGUCGAAUCUGAGAUUUUAGGGCCAUAGUCCCUCAAAUGGGAAAAAACUAGAAAUGUGAGAGAUAAUAAUUUGUUAUGUGCAAGUUAUA